AUGUUAAGUUGUCAGAUUCAUAAGCUUAGUUCUACAAUAGCUUAUUCUCCUUUGCCAACAACACCUUUCAUUCACGCUGCUUCUUUUUCUUUUCUUAAGCAACAAAAAUGUAACCCUAAAAAGAAACAGAAUAGAAAGUUAAGUGUAGUUGCUCGUCUAUUUAAUCCGCCUAUAUCAGAAUUUACGAAUAAAACUGUAGUUAACGCCACCGUUACUGUUAAGCUAACAGUUUGUGGGAUCAUUACUAGUGCUGGUAUAACUCAGCCUCUUGAUCAAUUGACUGAUUUCAAGGGUAGAACUUUUCUUUUGGAGCUUGUUAGUGCACACCUUGAUCCCAAGACGGGGCUUGAGAAGGGGACAGUGAAGUCAUAUGCUCACGUCGAGUUAGGAGUCCCGAAGGCUGGCGAAGUUAAGUUAAAGGCGAGAUUUAGAGUUCCAGAAGAUUUCGGUGAGGUUGGAGCUGUACUUGUUGAGAAUGAACAUUUCAAAGAGCUCUUCAUUGAGAGCAUACUUUUUGAAGGAUUUCCCGAAGGCCCUCUUGCUGUUUCUUGCAAUUCAUGGGUUCAUUCCAAGUAUGAUAACCCAAACAAGAGAAUUUUCUUUACCAACAAGUCGUAUUUACCAUCAGAGACACCGGAUGGAUUGAAGAGGCUACGGGAAGAGGAGUUGGAAAAUUUAAGGGGAAACGGAGAAGGGGAGAGACGGUCAUUUGAAAGGAUUUACGACUAUGAUACAUAUAAUGAUCUUGGUGAUCCCGACAAAGACCCCGAAUUGAAAAGACCUGUUCUUGGUGGUAAACAACACCCGUUCCCCAGGCGUUGUAGAACAGGACGUUCCCGCACCAAAACAGAUUCAUUAUCAGAAUCAAGAAGCAUGAGCAUAUAUAUUCCAAGAGACGAGUCAUUUUCUGAAUUGAAACAAGCAUCAUUUGGCAUAAACACGCUGAGAUCUGCGUUGCAUGCGCUGUUGCCUUCAAUCGAGAGUGCACUUGUCGAUAAAAAACGUGGAUUUCCGCUCUUCACAUCUAUCGAAACAUUGUUUAACCAAGGGAUGGAAUUGCCUAAAGAUACCGAUAAACCUUGGCAUCUUCAAACACUCUUACCACGAAUGGUGAAAACUGCUAAGGACACCGGAAAUCAAAUCCUCCUUUUUGAAACUCCUGAAUUGUUAGACAGAGACACAUUUUCUUGGUUCAGAGAUGAAGAAUUUUCUCGCCAAGCUCUUGCUGGUCUCAAUCCAAUGUGCAUUGAAUUAGUUACGGAAUGGCCAUUAAAGAGUAAACUUGAUCCUGAAAUCUUUGGUCCAGCUGAGUCGGCAAUCACAAAAGAAAUAAUUGAAAAAGAAAUCAGGGGCUUUAUGACUGUUGAAGAGGCUCUGAAGCAAAAGAGGCUAUUUGUAUUGGAUUACCAUGAUUUGCUCUUGCCAUAUGUGGGUAAAGUGAGAGAGCUUGAGGGUACCACAUUAUAUGGCUCUCGGACGCUAUUCUUCCUUGUAGAUGAAUGCUCAUUAAGGCCGGUUGCUAUUGAACUAACUCGUCCAAAAAUCAACGACAAACCACAGUGGAGGCAAGUUUUUACGCCAAGCUUUGAUGCUACUAGUUGCUGGCUAUGGAGGCUGGCAAAAGCGCAUGUCUUAGCUCAUGACUCUGGCAUCCAUCAGCUUGUCUCUCAUUGGCUAAGGGCUCAUGCUUGUGUAGAGCCAUACAUAAUUGCAGCUAAUAGACAACUCAGUAAGAUGCACCCAGUUUACCGGCUACUACAUCCCCAUUUUCGAUACACAAUGGAAAUCAAUGCCCUUGCUCGAGGGCUACUCAUCAAUGGAGGUGGAAUUAUUGAAACUACUUUCAAUCCUAGCAAGUAUUCCAUGGAGCUUAGCUCUGCUGCUUAUGACAAGCUCUGGCGUUUUGACACCGAAGCAUUGCCAGCUGAUUUGAUUAGAAGGGGAAUGGCAGUUGAGGAUGCAACAGCAAAACAUGGGUUGAGGCUCACAAUUGAAGAUUACCCAUUUGCCAAUGAUGGGUUAGAGCUUUGGGAUGCAAUAAAGCAAUGGGUAACUGAUUAUGUGAACCAUUACUACCAGGAAGCAAGCAACAUCAAAUCUGACCAUGAGGUCCAAGCAUUCUGGGAAGAAGUCCGUACCAAAGGUCACGGAGACAAAAAAGACGAACCAUGGUGGCCUAUUUUGAACAACAAUCACGCCUUAAUCCAUGUUUUGACCACCAUUUUAUGGGUUACUUCAGGUCAUCAUGCAGCCGUUAACUUUGGUCAGUAUGCGUUUGCCGGCUAUUUCCCCAAUAGGCCAACAAUGGCUCGAACAAAUAUGCCAACUGAGGAUCCAUCAGAGGAGGAAUUCGACCUGUUCUUGAGGAAACCAGAGUACACUUUGUUGAAAUGCUUUCCAUCACAGAUUCAAGCAACGAAAGUGAUGGCUAUUUUGGAUGUUUUAUCAGGACAUUCACCUGAAGAGGAGUAUCUUGGAGCCACGUUGGAACCAUCGUGGGAAGCUGACCAUGUCAUUAAGAUCGCGUAUGAAAGGUUCACCGCAAGACUGAAAGAGCUAGAAGCAAAUAUUGAUGAGAAAAAUAAGGAUUUGAAGAAUGCUAACAGAAGUGGAGCUGGAGUUGUACCUUAUCAGCUCUUGAAGCCAUUCUCCGACCCCGGUGUCACCGGAAGAGGAGUUCCCAAUAGCAUUUCCAUUUGA